GCCACAAAUAAGCGAACAAGGGUUGUUUGGUCCAUGCUCAGAGCAAGUAGCAGGCUCGUCACUGUGACGCAGGCGCACUUGCGACCCACCACCACCACUCGUCUUCUUUCAGCAUCGACAAGACGCGCCAUGUACCCCGACGUCGUUCCCUAUAAAACCGGCAAUCUCAAGAUUCCUGAUAGCAUCCACACUCUCUAUUACGAGUUGAGCGGAAACCCAGACGGCUCUCCUGUUGUCUUCCUCCACGGAGGUCCUGGCGGUGGAUGCGUCUACGAUUCAGGCCACCAAGACGCCUCGUUCUUUAACCCCAAGAAGUACAACAUCAUCCUCCAUGACCAACGAGGGUCCGGGAAAUCCACUCCGACCGCGUCUUUAGAGGAGAACACAACUUGGGACCUCGUCAAGGACAUUGAACGUCUCCGUGAACACUUGGGAAUCCAGAAAUGGCACGUAUUCGGCGGAUCUUGGGGCUCGACUCUUUCGCUGGCCUAUGCGCAGUCACAUCCAGAUCGUGUGAGGAGCUUGAUCCUGCGAGGAAUCUUCACUCUGAGAAAAAGGUUCCUUAUCUCUUCUACCCCUGACGAAGCUCCGACUAACCGGUCUACUUACAGUGAACUGGACUUUUUCUACCAAAACGGCACCUCGCACCUUUUCCCCGAAGCCUGGGAUGAAUACAUCUCCAUCAUCCCUGAGCCUGAACGCCACGAUAUGCUGACAGCAUACCACGCACAAUUAAAUGCGGUGGACGACGAAACCAGAAUUACCGCAGCUAAGGCAUGGACUAAAUGGGAAAUGGCGACUUCGAGACUUUAUGUAGAUCCUGAAUAUCUGGCUCGAGCUGACGGAGACGAUUUUGCCAAUGCAUUUGCCCGCAUCGAAAACCAUUAUUUUGUCAACGACGGGUUCAUGCGUGAUGGUCAGCUUCUUGAACCGCAAGAGAUCGAUAAGAUUCGCCACAUCCCGUGCAUUGUUGUUCAAGGCAGAUAUGAUGUCGUGUGUCCGGCUACCACUGCCUACCAGCUGAAGAAGGCUUGGCCUGAAAUCACACUUCACAUCGUGCCCGAUGCUGGACACAGUACUCGCGAAAAGGGAAUCGAGGAACUUCUCAUCAAGGCUACCGACCAAUUCGCAGACUUGGAAAUGUAA